AUGAAUCCCGCGGGUAUGGGUAUGGGACAGCCCAUGGGCGGCUUGGGAGGAAACCCCAACGCCGGCAUGAGCGAGCAAGAACAAGCAAUGGUCAAGAUGAUGCAAGCCGGUAUGGAAUCCUGCCCCGUGAAGACAGUCAUCUCCGGCACAAUGGGUUUUGGUCUCGGUGGUGCAUUCGGUCUCUUCAUGGCCAGUAUGUCCUACGAUUCCACCUUCACCCCGCAAGGACGCGCAAUCGCCGAUCUCCCCUGGCGCGAGCAGGUCCGCCGCGGUUUCAAGGAUAUGGGUGCGCGCUCCUGGUCUUCUGCUAAGAACUUCGGUAUCGUCGGCGCACUUUACUCCGGAACUGAGUGCUGUAUUGAGGGUCUUCGCGCGAAGAAUGACUUGACCAACAGCGUUGCGGCUGGUUGUAUGACUGGUGGUAUCUUGGGUGCGAAGGCUGGCCCGCAAGCAGCUGCUUUUGGUUGUGCGGGUUUUGCGGCUUUUAGUGCUGCCAUUGAUGCCUAUAUGCGUAUGCCUGAGUCUGAUGAUUAA